UAUUUUAUAGGGCGGGGUUAUAUUGAAUUACAUAGUUUGGGAAGUAACAUCUAUUGAAAGUUAAUUGUUCUAUUCAUAAAAUAAGUACAUUAGAUGUUCUUUGGUUCUAGUUCUGUGCAGCUGAAUAGAAACGAAAAGUUCCUGCGUUUAAAGAGCCAGUGCAAAUUUUCCACAUUGACCAUGUCUAGGAUUACCGAAGACGUUAAAACAUCUGGGGAGUCUAAUAAUGGAGACCAAAAUCCGAGUUCUUCGAAAGCAUCCGAAGAAGAUAGUAAAGAUGAUAAAACUUUUGAAUGUAACAUUUGUUUAGAUACAGCUAAAGAUGCUGUUGUUAGUCUAUGCGGCCAUUUAUUUUGCUGGCCCUGUUUACAUCAAUGGCUAGAAACUAGGCCUACAAGGCAGGUGUGCCCAGUAUGUAAAGCUAGCAUAAGUAAGGAAAAGGUUGUUCCAUUGUAUGGUAGAGGGAGUACUAAACAAGAAGAUCCAAGAGAAAAAGUGCCUCCUCGUCCAGCAGGUCAAAGGACGGAACCAGAACCUGGAUCUUCAUUUCCAGGUUUGUUGAUAGGUUUUGGUUUUGCUGACAAUGGUUUCCAUAUGUCCUUUGGAAUAGGAGCCUUUCCCUUUGGGUUUUUCACUUCAACAUUCAAUUUUGCUGAUGGUAGGCCAGCAGCAGCUGCCAGAGGCACACAGCAACAAAUUGAAGAACAAUUUUUGUCAAAAAUAUUCCUGUGGAUGGCGAUUUUAUUUGUAGCAUGGUUAGUCUUGGCAUAAUUGGUAUAUUUGAUUGAAAUCAUAUGUAUAUAAGAGUUUUGAGUUUAUUUAUAUAUAUAUACCUUUUCGUUCUGUCGAAGUCUUUAAUUUUUCUUUCUAUACGGGCAUCAAAUUUAUCAGGGAGUAUGCAAAUUGUUCUCUAUGCAGUAAAUAAAAUGCUACAACCUGUUUGUAUAUAUUUGAAUUGAAAUAACAUCGCCAAAGAUUUGUCUGGGGCUUUAUUCAUGGUGGAAGAAAGUCUGUUGGAUAUUUUAUCAAAUUAGAAAAAAGUUUAUUGAGAUGUAUUUAUAAGGCACUUUACUAUAGCUUUAAUUUUCAAUAUAAGCUUACCAAAUUCA